AUGGCGCCUCAAAUGAUGGAGUCCAUGCUUGAGGGCGCUGCCUCUCACAAGGCCGUCCUUGCUGUUGUUACCAUUUUGACAUAUGCGACAAUUCGAUGCAUCUAUCAUCUCUACUUUCAUCCUGCAGCUAGAUACCCAGGACCCAAGCUUGCAGCCAUUUCCAAUGUAUGGUAUGCGUACCAAUGGAUCACUGGCAAAUACCCUUUCGCGAUCGCCGAAGCCCACAGAAAAUAUGGCGACGUUGUACGCAUUGCACCAAACGAGCUGGUUUUCAUCACUCCACAGGCUGGAACAGACAUGUUUGGAUCUCAGCAAAAAGGUUUCGAGCAUUUUACCAAAUCUGAUUUCAUCAGCCUUGGUAGAGCUGACCAGGGCAUCACUUGGGAAACAGACCCCGUCAAGCACCGUCAGAAAGUCAAAUGGCUCCUGCCGGCAUUUAGCGCCAAGUCACUCAAGACCAAAGAACCAAUCAUCCAUAAGUAUAUUGACAUUUUUGUGGAAAAGAUGAAGAAGACUGUUCAGAGCGACCGAGGCAUAGAACUGAGACAGUGGGCAGACUGGCUUGCCAUGGACAUAGCAGCCGAUCUGGGAUAUAGCCGGGAGAUGGACCAACUGAAAGAGGAGAGAUCUUCGCCAUACCUGGAGUCCAUCUGGGCUGCCAACUUCUUUGUCACGAUGCACACAAACGCGAAGAAGUUCCCUCUGCUUGGCUGGCUUCAGUAUUUCUCUGUGCCACCUGCGGCCAUUGGGAACUACGUAAGAGCCAUUAGUGCCAACAACAAGGCAUUCAUGAAACGCAUCGAUGAUCGGGGCAUGACACAGCACCCAGACCAUUUUGACCAACUUCUGGCUCCCGGUGCCCCUAUCCCCCCUAAAAAUGACCUUGAAUCUCUCGAGACCAUUUGUCUACAUCUACUCCUGGCGGGAUACGAACCCAUCUCAAGUUCCUUCCACGGCAUUAUAGCGUUAAUUCUGCAGGAUCCCCCGAGCUACCAACGUCUGGUUAAGGAGAUCCGGGGUACGUUUAUUAGCUACGACGAUAUCACAGCCGACUCUCUAGUUCCUCUCAAGUUCUUGUAUGCCACUGUCAUGGAGCAGCUCCGUAUCAUUGUGGUUGGCGCCACCGGUCAACCGCGCGUGAGUCCUGGUGCCACAGUCGACGGGCACUAUAUUCCCAAGGGUGUUGAAGUGCAAUACGGCAACUACGCCUUUACGCGUGACUCGAGAUGGUUCUAUGACCCAUACAAUUUCCGGCCUCAACGCUGGCUGCCUCGGGAUCACGCGGACUGGGACGCUGCCUUUGAGAAUGAUGCUCGCGACGACUUCCACCCAUGGAGCGUCGGCAUCCGCGCCUGCCCCGGUAUGACUCUAUCGUGGCAUGAGAUUCGACUCAUCAUUGCCAAGGUGCUCUGGACCUUUGAUGUGGAAUUGUUACCGGGCCAAGACAUUAAUUACGAGAGAGAUUUCAAGCUUUGGGGCAUGUUGGAAAAGCCUGAUCUCUGGGUUCGGUUUAAGCCGGUGGAUCGAUAG